AUGAUUCAAGCCUUAUUUGAUGAAGCUGAAGUGAAGCAGUUCACCGACGGUGCUCCAAAACUGUGGCUCGAUCACCUCAAACAACUCCUCUAUGAUGCGGAGGACAUACUGGAUGAGUAUGCCACUGAACUUUUACGCCUGAAAUUGGAAUCUGCUCACCAAACCCAACAGGGUAUUGAAAGGUCUGGAUCAAAAGUAAGUGAUGUCAACGAGAGGUUAAAAGGACUGAAAUUGGAAUCUGAACAUCAGACCCACCCUCACCAAACCCAACAGGUAUGCAACUCUGUUCCUCUCACUCCAGGUGAAAGUAGUUUUUCGUCUCUGUUGAAGUCUGGUAUAGAAUCUGUGGUUCAGGGCAUCAAUGAGAGGUUUGGGUCAAAAGUAAGGGAAAUCAAUGAGAAGUUACAUAGUGUAGCACAAAAAGGUGUUGCUCUUGGUUUGAACCCGAGCAUGGGAUCUGGGUCUUCAAGGCCCAGGGUGUUCAGUGAAAGGCCACCGACUGGUUCUGUACUCAAUAGAUCUAAAGUUUUUGGCAGAGAGGAAGAUAUGUGGAAGAUUAUUGGAUGGUUGCUAUCAGACGACAAAACUCCAAGUCCCAGUAACAAUGAUAAUAAUUUCUCGGUGCUGCCCAUAGUCGGUAUGGGUGGAGCGGGAAAGACAACCCUUGCUCAACUUGUUUAUAAUGAUGAGAGAGUUGAGAAGCAUUUUGGUCUUAAAGCUUGGGUAUGUGUAUCGGAAGGCUUUGAUGUAGUGAGGUUAACCAAAGAAAUUCUCGAGUCAGCCACUAAGUCAACCCAUACUUCUAAUUCACUAGACAAGCUACAAGUGGAACUUAAAGAAGCAUUGAGCAACAAAAGAUUCUUAUUGGUUCUGGAUGACAUGUGGAAUGAGAAUUACGAGAGAUGGGAUGCUUUAAGCACCGUGUUUGCAUUUGGUAGACCAGGAAGCAAGAUAUUGGUUACAACACGGAACAAAAGCGUUUCAUCAGUCGUGCGUACUAUUCCGAAUGAUCAUGAUCUAAAAGGUCUGUCAGAUGAGGCUUGUUUUACAAUGGUUAAAAAGCAUGCUUUCUUUGAUGAAAAUUCAUCUGAAGCAAAUAUAAAGUUGAAAACAUUUGGACAAGAGAUUGUGAAGAAAUGUAAGGGUUCUCCUUUGGUUGUAAAGACCCUUGCUGGCCUCUUACGAGGUAAAAGGAAGAACAGUGAGUGGAAAGAUAUUUUGGAGAAUGAAAUAUGGGAUUUAAGAGAGAGUGAGAUCCUUCCAUCGCUCAUGUUGAGCUACCAUCAUCUUCCACCAGUUUUGAAAAGAUGCUUCGCUUAUUGUGCUUUGUUUCCCAAAAACUACGAAUUUAAAAAGAUUGAAUUAGCCCUCUUAUGGAUGGCAGAAGGUAUUGUUCAACCAAAAGGAAGCAAACGGCUAGAAGACAUAGGGGUUGGGUAUUUUGAUGAACUAUUUAUGAGGUCCUUCUUUGAGUUAUCUGAUCCUCUUCUUUUUUACUGGAAAUCCCCCAUUAGUCUGCCAAUCAAUGUGUGUCCAUUUGAUUUGAUUGACAUAUCAAAUGAACUUCACAUUAGGUCUUUUUUCGAGUCAUCCAGUAACACAGGAUCAAGAUUUGUGAUGCAUGAUCUGAUCCAUGAUUUAGCACAAUUUGUUUCGGGUGGAAUUUUUUGUAGGAGAGAGUAUGAUAAGCCAUCCAAAAUUCUUACGACAUCCCGUCACUUGUCUAACAACCCUGACGACAAUCGUAAUUAUGGGACGACAGACUAUAUGGCCAUGAAAAGGUUACGCACCCUUCUAAUGCUAAAUGAUAAAGUUUGUUCUCUGUCGUCCCUUUUGCCUACCAUGCAAUUCCAAUUCCAAUUCCUGCAUGUGCUAUGUUUCAGCUUUUCGGGCGAUGAUGAGUUGCUAGAUUCAAUUGGCAGGUUGAAACAUCUAAGGCUUCUUGAUCUAUCAUCUUCUGGUAUUGUGAGGUUACCCAACUCAAUUUCAAGUCUUUACAAUCUACAAACGUUAAUCCUAACUCUCUGUUUCAACCUGAAAGAGUUGCCUGAAGAUAUGGGUAACCUCAUAAACCUUCGACAUCUCUUUCUUCCUAUGGAUUUAGAUAUAAUGCCAUUAGGAUUGGGCAACUUAACUUGUCUUCAAACAUUGAACAGAUAUGUUGCGGGGUCAAAAAAUAAUAGCGAGCUGAGGGACUUGUCCCAACUCCGUGGGACUCUGGAGAUUGUAAAUUUGGAAAAUGUAGACAAUAGUGGGACAAAAGCCAUGGUGGCCAAUUUGAAGAACAAGUUGAACCUUCUUUGCCUACAACUGAAAUUGAGAUAUUAUGCAAGCAAGGAUAGUUUUCCUGAUUUGGGGAAAGAUGAAAAAGUAGAGGAGGAUGUACUUGACAAACUACAACCUCCUACCAGUCUUGAAGCGCUAUGGAUUGAAAACUAUGGUGGUACGAGGUUCCCCAAUUGGACGGAGGAUCCUUCCCUGUCUAAUUUAAAGACUGUAAAUCUCAUUGGUUGUCGCAAAUGCAGGUUCCUGCCUUGUCUUAGUCAACUACCCUUGCUCGAACACCUAAUGAUCAGAGACUGUUGUGCUUCAAAAAUGGUGGGAAGUUGGUUACAUGAGGAUGGCUCAUCAUCAACUAAUAAGAAUUUUUUAUCAUUGAAGACACUAUAUGUUGAAGGGAUGAAAGAAUGGGAAGAGUGGCCUGAAGUGGUUGAAGAAGAAAAAGGUGGAGGAAAAUUCCCUAGCCUCCAUAGGUUGGAAAUAAGAUAUUGUCCCAAACUAAGGAUGUUCUCUCACCGUUUUCCUGGCUUGGUGGGAAUGGAAAUAGUAGGAUGUCAUGACCUAAGAGAAUUACCGCGGCUUCUUCCUUCACUGCAAUGGCUUAAUAUCAGUGAAUGUCCAAAAUUAGUGGUUCUUCCAAGUCUUCCCUCUGUUAAGAGUUUGCUUUUGAACAGUUGUGACCAGAUAACAACAUUGUCCGACUCAAACUAUCCAUCAUCAUCAGCACCACGUAUACAUAGUUCAUUCCCUUGCCUCCGUGUGCUAGAAAUAGUAUCUUUUCUCACAAGCUUUCAAAAGUGGCAAAAGAAUGUACCAACUUUCUCCUUGACUAUUGAUGAUGUGUUAGAUCUCGAAUCGCCACCCAAUGGAGUUAUGCAACACUUGACAGCACUUGAAGAAUUAAAGAUCUAUGAUUGUAAAUUGCUUACAGUUCCUCUGCAGAACGAGAUUGGGUUUGAUCUCCUUCCUUCAAGCCUUCAGUGUUUGUACAUCCGUUUUGAUUGUUACAGCCUAGGGAAGCUACCACAGAGCAUGUGUAAUCUCAAUCGUCUUAAAGAACUAACAAUUGAAGGGGCUAGAGGACUCACAUCAUUGGUUGAAGUUCUGCCCAACCUCACGUCUCUCCGAUAUCUUCGAGUAUCAAACUGUGAGAAUCUGGAGUUGCUGCCCAAAGAGCUACACACUCUAACAUCGCUCCAAGAAUUUGUAAUCGAAAAUUGCCCUGCUCUUGAGCCCUUUCAAGAUAUGGUUUUGCACAAGCUCACAAAUCUUGUACAACUGAAGAUUGUGGGAUGCUCUUUUCUUAUGGAGUGCAAGAGUUUCGAACCCCUACUGGCCUCAGGUCUUCAUAAUCUCACCUAUCUUUCAGAUCUCACCAUUGGUGGAUGUCCUGCUCUCGUGUCCAUUCCAAAGGGUCUGCUUCCCACCAAUCUUAGGGCAUUUUGCAUCAAGGACUGCCCAAUUCUUGAAUCCUUAUAUGAUGGACUCUCUGACCUAACCUCUCUUAAAGAAGGAUGA